CUUUUCAGAGUUCUGAACAAUGAACAAUCAGGGAAGAGAGAAAGCCCUACCAGUUCCACUGCCUUCUCCAUCAAACAUUCGAUAGUAAUCGUAUACUAGUAUUGUUUAGAUAAUCGUUGUUCAAAUUUCUAAGUAGUAAAAACACCUAAACGAAUAAAUAUGAAGUUUGAUUGUUCGUGAUAUUUCUUACAUGUCGACCUAGUAGAUCAGCUACUUUGGUCUAUGCUCGCGGCCGCUUCUUAUCCAGUACAUUUGUCAUUAUGAUUAUUGCAGGGUGAUGAUUGAGGUCAAAAACCUCUAAGUUGAUGGUUCAAGGUUCUUCCUGGGUAUGAAAUUAACCAGUUAAAUUCUACUUAAAAGUAGUUUUUCUUUGAUAAAAAAACUUACAACCUAUCUAAACUGGCGCACCAAGUAUUACCAAGGCGUUCCGGUAACGUCCAUCAUGAUGGUCGACCUCUUAUUGAUGAUAAUAUGAUAGCAAUCUGGCAUGAAAAUGACCAAUAUUCAUUUGAAGACUCUGACCGUUUUGAAGAGGAUUCAUUGUGUACGUGGAGCAGCGAGCCUGAGUCUGCAUGUAUUAAUUGGAGAGGAUGGAGGAAACCAACAGAACAGAAUAAUGAAGAUGAACCAAAAAAUGAUGUAAAACCAUUAGUUGAAUUAGCUGCUCAAUGUGUAGCCCUAUAUAUACCUUAUGAACUAGUAGAGCAAGAAUAUCCACCUGUACCUGAAGAAUUACAGCUCCGUAUAGCCUUUUGGAGUUUUCCUGAUAGUGAAGAUGAUAUUCGGUUAUAUUCAUGUUUAGCUAAUUCAAAUUCUGAUGAGUUUUUACGUGGUCAAAACUUGUAUACUUCUAAUACUAUAAAGGAUUCUGUACAAAUUGGUUUCCAUUUAAGUGCUAAUGUUCAUCAUGGUGGUCGUAGUAUAUUUAAUGUCGCUAUUACAUUUGAUAGAAAAAAAAUAACAUCAUGUAAUUGUACAUGUGAACCAAUGUCAUAUUGGUGUUGUCACGUAGUAGCAGUUUGUUUACAUAGAAUUUAUUGUCCUGAUCAAGUUUGUUUAAGGGCACCUGUUAGUGAAAGUUUAUCUCGUUUAGAACGAGAUCAAUUACAAAAAUUUGCACAAUAUCUAAUUAGCGAAUUACCCCAACAAAUAUUACCUGCUGCACAACGUUUACUUGAUUCACUAUUGUCUUCUCAACCAACAGCUAUUAAUUCUACAAGUGGUGCACCAGAUCCAACUGCAGGAGCAUCAAUAAAUGAACAAACUACUUGGUUUUUGGAUGAAAAAACAUUGCACAAUAAUAUUAAGAAAAGUUUAAUAAAAUUUUGUGUUCCUUCUCCAUUAGUUAUUAGUGAUGUUAAUAUUUUAUCAUUAUCUGUGCCUCCUGCUACUGCUGAGUGGUCAAAUUUAUUACGCCCUUUAAGGGGCCGUGAGCCUGAAGGGUUAUGGAAUCUUGUAUCAAUUGUUAGAGAAAUGUUUCGAAGAAAUGAUGAAAAUGCAUUACAUCUUUUAGAAGUCUUAACUGAAGAAGCUGUAGCAUGUGAUCAAAUUAUGAUUUGGUGGUUCAAUACUAGAGUUGCUCUACAUGGUGGUGGACCUAGUGGAGGAAGUAAACAUAGUGGCCCAGCUGGUAAUACUAAUACAGCUUCUCAUGCUUGUGCUUUGCUUUGUGACGAAAUGGUUACCUUAUGGCGUUUGGCUGCAUUAAACCCUAGUAUUUCACCUGAUCAUCGAGUUUCACUAAAAAUUAAGUUUCAAGAUUGGCAAGGAAAAAUAUUUUCAAGAGUAGUUAAACAUAGAAAUACAUCUAAUAGUAAAGCGUUAAACCAUUUUCGUCAAGACAUGGAAAUUUUUGUUGGAUUCAAACCAGCUAGCGAAGCAUGUGAUUUAAAUUGGGAUGAUUAUCCUUUGCCUGGUAUAACAUACGGAACAACUUGUUGCUGUGACAAUAAUGGUGGAUGUUGUGAACAUGUAAAAAAUCAAGGAACAGCAUCUAAUUAUGUUGGAGAUAAUGGUAAUGCAACUCAGUUAGCAUUAGAUGAAUGUUUCUUGGAUUUAAAAAAUAAUCGUCAUAUGCACUAUGGGAACCGAAUGAGUCGAUGUGAUUAUCGUAGAUCUAGUAAUAUGCAUAUGGUUUGUAACGUGCAAAUGCAAAAUAAUGAUAAUAGAUCAAUGACAAAUGUUUAUUGGGUACAUAUGCCAAGAAAUACAUCUCGAACACAACCAGACAAUGUGAAUAAUAGUAAUGGUAGUAAUGAAGCAUUUUUAACAAAUGAACCCUCAACCAGCAGGGGUCCAGUUUUUAAUCCAUCAACAAGUUCUUCAUCAAGUACCCAACCUAGUACUCCACGACAAGUGAACAGUGUGUUUAAUACAUCAUCUGAAAGUCAAAGCAGUGAUGAUGGUGGGGAUCGUUCAGCUGCUCAAAAGUCUGCUUCUUCUCAAACAACACCACCACCACAAGAUGUAGAUGAUUAUAACUUUCUUUACUAUUAUGAUCCCAAAACCUUAACACUUACUCCUUCAGACUGUACAAAAAAAUCUCAAGAAAAAGCUCCUGAUAUACUUCAACCAUCAACAUCCAAACCUACUUCUUCUAUUACAACAUUAAUAAAAUUAGAUGCUGAAUGGGAAAUAAUGUUUGCUAGAGCUGAAGGCUUAUAUGCUUAUGGGCAUACUAAUGAAGCUUGUGUACUUGGUGUUAAACUAGUUGACCAAUUUUUAAAAAGUCCUCCUAAUUUUAUAAUUGAUAUUCCACCUCCUUUAAUCAAAGGAAAAAGAAGAAAAAUUAACCCAGUAUGUCACCAACUAUCAACAUUUGCAUCAGAAAUUCUACAAAAAUGUUAUUUUUUGUGUUCUGUAUUGGCUGAAAGAAAAGAAUAUUACUUAUAUGCAUUUAGAAUUGGGCUAUAUGGAUUAGAAAUGCCAAGGCUACCAGCUAGUACAAAACCUUUGGAAGUUAAAAUGGCUCACCAAGAAGCAGAAAUAUUAAAUAAUCUAAAACGUAUGUUGCCAUUGGGUAAAGAACAAGUAAGUAUUCUCCAAAAUAGAGCAAAACUUUUACGUGAAGGUCUUUAUAAAACACGUGGAGAAUCAUUGUUACCAUUGAAUUUGGCAACGUUUAUUUUUGAUUGUUUGGUUUUGUAUCAGUCACCUACUCAAGACAAAAAUUCUGAUGAAACAUUAGGCUUUGAAGCUGCAGUCGCAGCUUUAGGCAUGAAAUCUAAUAUAAGUGAAGCAGAUCAUCCCUUACUUUGCGAAGGAAUAAGAAGACAAAGAGGUGAAUUAGCAUUGAAUAUAUUAAUUCGUUACAAAAACAAUCCAACUCGAUUAGCUAUGGCAAUGGAUAAAUUAUUAGACAGAGAAGUUCAUCCAUUUUUAAAAUCUGCUAUGGAUGCCUGUUGGUAUCAAAUUAGGGAUUCUAGAAAUGUUCCGUUAAUGGCUAUGAGAAAUGUUGCCAAUGGAAACAUGGUACCUCAAGCACAAGGUUACAAUCCCAAUUCUACUGGUGUACCUGGUGAACUAGAUACAAAUAUUGCUAGUAUGACCUUAAAUUCUUUACCUCCAACUUCAUCAACUAAUAAUAAUACAGGAUCUUCUACUAGAAAAGAUAACAGAUACAAAAAUGGUAAAAGGAUUUUUCCUAAUCAACCUAAUCAAGCAUCAGAAGCAAAUGCUCAUUUCUUAUUUGAGUUGGGUAAAAUAAUUUUAAGCAAAGUUGGUGGUCCUAUACAGACAACUGUAUUUACACAGCCUCCAUUACCUACUCAACCUCACCGUGCUUUACAUAUGUGUGCUUUUCAAUUAUCUUUGUACUCUUUGGGUCUCUUAAAUCGAGUCUCUCCCAACUGGCGUAGCCGUAAUUAUUCUUCCCAAGUUACGUGGAUUGGAGAUCAUGCAAUGGAAAUUGGUGCACCAGCUACUUUAUUUUUACUUGGUACUUGGGAAGGACAUCUAACACCUGCUGAAGUUGCUAACAUCGCAGAUAGAAUGUCAAGGAGUCACGAACGAAAUACUGUUGAGGCAGCAGCUCAAUUAGCAUUAUCUUGUUUGAAACAUUCUGCAGCUCUAAACCCUAAUGAAAUUACUAGAGCUAUACUUCAAUGUAAAGAACAAUCUGAUCAUAUGAUGGAGAUAGCUUGCUUGACCGUUGAAAUGUCUGCUAAAAAUGGUGGAGUAUUUCCAGAAGUAUUGUUUAGUGUAGCAAAACAUUGGUUUGACCUAUACAUAAGAAAUUCAAAUUCAGAAGAAGAUAAUUAUAUGUUGCAAGUAGAUCCAAGAGAAGAGUUCAAGUGCCCCUAUGUUUAUCAAGCUAAUUAUCAAAUGCCAGUUGAUCAGUCUCAACAACCACCUCCAUUAUAUGCUCAUCAACUGAUGGCACCACCACAAACUGCUCCACCUCACAUGUAUCAAAUGUCUUCGGUUCAGUAUUUUCCUAAUCAGCCAAUAACACAAAAUCAACAACCACCUCCCAAUACUCAGCAAUCUAAUACAGUUAUGCUAUACCCCUAUCCAACAAUGCCUGCUUCAAGUCAAUAUGGCCCAUACUACUCGCCUUAUAUUCAAAACUCUGUUCAGUUUCAAAAUAAUAAUCCUCAAAAUCAAUCUCAUCAAGGACCACCUCAAUAUUUUGUUCAGCCAAUGAAUCAAAAUAGUAGUCAAAUGAGGAGUUCACCACAACAAGCACAGGGAAAUCAUCGGCAAUCUCCAAAUUUCCGGCAGAUUCAUCAUUUGACAUCAGCUUACAGAGUAGGAUUAUUAGCUUUGGAUACUUUAGCCAGGCGUGUUCAUGAACCUAAUCAAGCUAAAUAUUCAAGAAACCCACCAUUUAGAGAAGAUAUUCAAUGGCUCUUACGACUUUCAAAAAAAUUAGGAGCUAAUUAUACACAGCAAUUUUGUAUGGCAGUCACUAAUAGUGUUGUAAAUCCAUUUAUACUUCAUGAUGUGGCUAUGGAAGCAGCUCUGUACAUGGCACAUUUUAAUCCCAGUCCAACUAUGUGUCCAUCUCUUAGUCCAUUAGUUGAAAAAUGUCAUACAAUGUAUAUUCAACUUCUUCACCAGAAAUUAUAUCAACUCUCAUCAUCAGACUAUGAAGAUUAUGUAGGAAUACUGUAUUCUGCUUAUGGUGCUUUUGCUAUGACUCCCGAAGGAAGUGCAAUGUUUAAAGACUGGUUACAGUCUGUUAAAAGGUCUAAAUCAUGCAAAAAGGAAUUAUGGAAUAUGAUCACAAAUAUGCUACCUACUACAUGAUUAUAGUAAAUUAAACUUGUUUGGUCAGGAUUUUGUAAUUCAACCUAAAUAUCACUUUUUAUUUUAUUUUGUUUAAACAAUUAUACACAAUUUAUACUAGUGAUUAUCUUCUACAAUUUUCUACACUAUGUUUUGACUUAACCGAUAUUAAUGCAAAUUUAGUAAAAUAAAAGAAAUUCAGUUGGUUUUUUCUGUCACUUAGCAAAUUUCUUGUGAGUUAUAUUAAUGUUUUCUCACAUAAUCUCUUUACUAUUUUCUAUAAUUUUAUUGUUUAUUAUUAAUUAAUAUUACUAAUAUUAAUGUUUAUAUAUUUAUAUAUUUUUUGUGUUCUCUUUUUUUUUCUAUAUAUUAUUCAUAUGCAUUCAAGUCUGUAUCUAGUUUUUAUAAUAAGCUGAAUAACUUUAAUAAGACUGUUUUUUAUGUACUCUACACGUACAAGUAUUAUUUACAUCUUAGACUAGCUUAUGACAUUAAGGCUU